GCUGGCAGCCCCGGCACCCUUUGUUCUCUAUCAGUAUCUCCUCUGACGGCAGUGGCCUCAGCACGCGGCUCAGACCUGGCUUCUCUGCGGGGCCUCGCCUUCUCUGUCCUCGCUGGCAGACAUCCCUGAGCAGUGCCCCCAUGCCGGCAGAGGGCUGGGUCUCCCUGAGGGCAGCCCUCUGGCUGCUCGGGCUCUGUGCAGUGCUGGCCCCUGUCCAGUGCUCUCCGGACCGUCCCUCAUGGCGCUACAUCUCCACGGAGGUGGUCAUUCCCAGGAAGGAGCUGCACCAAGGCAAGGGCGCCCAGGUGUUGGGCUGGCUCUCCUACAGCCUGCGUUUUGGGGGACAGAGGCACGUAAUCCACAUGCGGCGCAAGAGGCUCCUUUGGCCUGGAUACCUGAUGAUGACUCAGGAUGACCAAGGAGUCCUGCAGACGGACCACCCCUUUCUCCCUGAAGACUGCUACUAUUUUGGCUACCUGGAGGAGAUCCCUUUCUCCACGGUCACCAUAAACACGUGCUAUGGUGGUCUCCAGGGUUAUAUGAAGUUGGAUGACCUCACCUACGAAAUCAGCCCCCUCAAGCAUUCUCGAAAGUUUGAGCACACUCUUUCUCAGAUGGUGGCAGAUGCCAGCGCAAUGGGACCGAUGCACAGACCGGGGUAUGAGGAGGAAAGGGACCCUCUGCUCUCUCCAGCAAACAUCACCGCAGCCCCCAGGAUGUCUAGUAAGCUGUAUAUGUUCCAUGAAGCACAUAUGAAAGGAGUAUUUCAGUCUACUAAUGCAUUUUACAGAACCAUAAACAAUGUGUCAAAAACUGUUCAGUACAUGGUGGAUGUGGGCAAUAUCAUUGAUGCAAUUUAUCGAGGUCUUGAGAUAAGGUUUUAUAUUGGCCUCGUAUAUGUUUAUAAUGUUAGGGACCCAGUCAGCACUGCGUCUCUCAGACCACAGAGUGCAUACUUCCAGUUCUAUUCAAGAACCUUAUAUCCUGCUUUUAAACCACAUACAGCUAUAGUCUUUAGCACAGUUGAACCACCUGAUGGUGCCUAUGUUCCAAACCUGUAUAGUUUCUGCCAUCCAGCUAAUUUGGUGCCAAUUGCUACAUCGGGGAAAAAUACCCUAAUUGUGGCUCUCUACUUGUGCUUUCUAAUUGGCAGAAGUAUUGGUCUGUAUUACGACUACCCAGACUGUGUUUGCCAGAGAAGGACCACCUGCGUUAUGAAUGGCUACCAGUCACUGACUGAUGCUUUCAGUAACUGCUCCUAUGGGCAUUUACAACAUAUACUUAUGCGUGAUAGAAGCGCUUGUAUGUAUCUCCCUGAGCUGGAAUAUUACAAUAGAUCGAUGACACACGAACGUUGUGGAAACAAAGAAGUGGAAAAUGAGGAGCAAUGCGACUGCGGCUCCUUCAAGGAGUGCUACAGCAACCCAUGCUGUAGCAACCUCUGUUCUUUCACUGCUCCCAGUAUUUGUGACGCAGAAUCAUGCUGCACAAACUGCACAUUCUCCAAGCCCGGGACACUCUGCAGACCCAUCCGGAGUAUGUGUGACCUUCCUGAGUACUGCCGUGGGAUAAGCAAGACCUGCCCUAGAGAUGUUUUUAUGCAAGAUGGAACGCCGUGUGGUGAAGAAGGGUACUGCUUUAAAGGAAGCUGCACUGACCGCAGUGUGCAUUGCAGAGAAAUCUUUGGUAGAGGGGCUUUGAAUGCUCCGAAUCAAUGCUAUAAUUUAAAUAGAAAAGCUUACCGAUUUGGAUUCUGUAGAAGAACAUCUUGGUCUAUCAACUUUAUAGGUUGUUCGCUGCAGGAUCUGUUGUGUGGAAGGCUGCAGUGCACCAAUGUCAGUUUUCUGCCUCCGCUGCAGGAACACGUUGGAUUUCAUCAAACUCAUAUGUCAGAGGCCUUGUGUUUUGGGCUGGACCUACACCGUGGGCAAGGAGCAGUUGACUAUGGCCAUGUGAGAGAUGGUUCCCUCUGUGCUCCUGGAACGUACUGUUUAAACACCUUCUGCAACGGUUCUGUUAGUCACAUGGAGUAUACGUGUUUCCCUCAGAAAUGCAACUCCAGAGGAGUUUGCAACAGUGAAGACAACUGCCAUUGCCACCUGGGCUGGGCACCUCCGUUUUGCCAAACAACAGGUUAUGGAGGGAGUGAAGACAGCGGACCCCCUCCAAGACUGUUUCGAUCGGUACCAUAUGACGAAACAAUUUUAGUCUAUGUGAGACUGGUGUUCGGUCGCCUGUAUGCCUUUAUAGCUGCUGUCCUCUUUGGUGUGGCCACAAAUGUAAAAACUAUCCAUACCAGCAAAAUUAAGGAAGAGACAGUGCAUCCUGUGUAAACCAGCCUCCUGACCCCUGUAUAACUGCAGGGGAGGUAGGAGGAACUUCUGAGAAGGAAUCAGUGAUAGACAGUAAAGCUGAAGUCUGCAGCAGACAGGGGUGGGGGCAGGUAUCAGGAGGAUCAGCCUUCUCACAACAGGUCUCUUCGAUAGGCCGCUGAUCAGAACUCUGAAAUAAAUCUUGAAAAGCAUACAUAGGUGUCCUCUAAUAUCUUGUAUUCCUAAGAGCCCAAAC